AUGCGUUUCUCUCAGGCAAUUUGGGCUGUAUACAUUCCAGCCGUUGCUGCCAUCGCCACGAGCCAAAACAUCAAGAUACAUGCCCCUUCAAGUGUACCCGCAGAUACUUCUCAGCCAGUGGCGCACGACUUUGCCUCCAUUUCAAUACCUAUCCAUUUUUUUGCAGAAUAUGCCGGCAACAAAAGCAGCCCUAACAUAUUCUCCCGUGAUAUAAUCGAGCUUCUACAUCAGAAGACAGGCGCAUAUCCCCACAUUCGUGUUGGCGGUACAUCAGCCGACCGAGCCAUCUACAAUGCCUCACAGAUGGAGUCCAUCAUUCUAUCCUCUGAAUACUCCAAUGGAAUUCCACUGGAAGUCUACGUUGGUCCAACGUUUUUCGAAGGAUUUGAGAGUUUCCCCGGUGUUCCCUGGACUUUCCAAGUUAAUCUCGCAAAUAACAAGAGCGACGCCUUGGAAAAUGCCCUCUCAGAGGCACGAGUUGCUUUGAGACAUAUUAAGGAGAACUUGGUGGCGUUUGAAGUUGGGAAUGAGCCUGACUUGUAUCCUGGUGCCGUGCGGCCGUUAAAUUACUCCACGGCAGACUAUGUCCGGGAAUGGACAGGGUUUGCUGAUGCAAUCUCUGAGGAGGUUUUGCGUGGGAACUCUUAUGGCUUAGAUUAUUGGAAGCUUUUUCAGGCUUUGACCUUUGUGGAUAAGGGUGAUGGGUUUUCUACGGCCAAGGCGUUCCAGGAUGGGAUUGAUAAGUCUGGCCAUGUCAAGACUGUUUCUCUACACCAAUACGCAGCUGGAAACCAGGCAUGGGUCCGACUACAAAACUCCUUCAUGAACCACACCGCUAUCACUGGGAACCUAAGUCAAUAUAUCCCCGAUAUGAAAGCAACACAUGACGCCGAUCCAAGUAUCACAUUCCUGCUAGGCGAGACAAACAGCGACUACGUGAACCUAGACAUGGCGCAAGUGGAAGGAGUUUUUGGUAGCUCACUCUGGCUGCUCGAUUACCUACUCUAUGGCAUGAGCUUGAGUAUCAGCCGCUUCAAUCUUAUCCAAGGAACAACUUUCGGAUACACAGCCUGGGUCCCAGUGGAAUACAACGGACAAACUCCCGGAGUUAGACCACCACUUUACGGUCAGCUCGUGGCUGCAGACGUAAUUGGUCGUCACGACAACGUGCAAGUCAAAUCAUUGGAUCUCGGUCUGUGGGAUUUGUCCGCAUAUGCUGUGUAUGAGUCGGGUGUGUUGUCUCGGUAUGUCGUUAUUAAUCUAAAUGAGUGGAACACUACAACAAGCUAUACGCGUCCCACUCGAAAGGUUUCUCUCAGUGUGCCACGGGGUGUGCACUCGGGUGAAAUUAUGAGGUUGUCUGGGCCAGGGGCUGGUUCUGAUACUGGUAUUACCUGGGGUGGAUAUAGUUGGAACUAUACUACUGAUGGACGGCUUGGGCAGUUCGGUGAGCAGCAAUCUUGGUCUGUUUAUCCGAGGAGUGGGUAUAUGAAUCUGGAUAUACCUUCGACUGAGGCUAUUGUGGUUGAGUUGCGGAGGUAA